AUGACUGAUCAGUUCAUGAGCGUCACACAUACGAGUGAAUUGACCUCCGCAUAUUUCAAAGAGGGUCUUGGAAAAUCCAGCUCUCUUAUGGGUUACUUUAUUCAUAUAAUUCCUAAGGACUUAUUAAAUAGCAGACGAGUUUUUAAAUUCAACCGAUAUGAAGGCGAGAGUGUGGUUGGUGUCCCGUCAAACGAGUGGCAUCUUCCCAAUGCAGAGCCACUCUUACCUGGCCACACGCUGAUAAGGCCCACGCUCGGGAUGCUGAAGUCAGCAGUGACGUUCCCACACGUAGAACAUGAGAUGGAAACAGGCGGAGCAGGAAUUUACGGAAAUCCAAGUAAUUUAGGUAUUCGAUACGGUGGCAGAAGUGGUAGAAUACUUUACAGCAGCAAUAGAAGAAUGUUUUCAGAUUACCCCGAGGUGAAUCCCAGGCCUACAGAUUCGACGACAACACAUCCAAAAUCUAAAUUAUAUCUCGUACCUGUUGGUUUAGACUCGGUGAGGAACAGUGAAGCAAAGAAAUUGAUCAUUGACAUAUUAAAUAAGAUAAAUCCUAAACGAAACUACUGGCACAGGAUGAUUUAAGUCAACUCCAAGCAGCACUGUGAGAACCCAACAACGU